GCGAAGCAAGGAUAUGUUGUCUAUCGUAUCCGUGUACGCCGAGGAGGUCGCAAACGCCCUGUGCCCAAAGGUGCUACAUAUGGUAAACCUGUUCAUCAGGGUGUAAAUCAGCUCAAAUAUCAACGUUCUCUUAGAGCAACUGCUGAAGAACGUGUUGGCCGUAAAUGUAGCAAUUUACGUGUUUUGAAUUCGUAUUGGGUUAAUCAGGACUCCACAUACAAAUAUUAUGAAGUAAUUCUUGUUGAUCCUAACCACAAAGCAGUUCGCCGUGAUCCGAAAAUCAAUUGGAUUGUUUCCUCUAAACAUAAACAUCGUGAAGCACGUGGUCUUACCGGUAUCGGUAAGAAGAAUCGCGGCAUAGGAAAAGGUCACCGCUAUAGCAAGACAAGGGGUGGAGGUCGUUACGCUAAUUGGCUCCGUCAUAAUACACUCUCUCUUCGCCGUUAUCGUUAG